AGUCAUCCAAAACUAUUAUUCCCAUCAUAAAGUUUUAAAAUUAACAAAACUUUUCCCACCACUUUUUUUCCCGCCAAAAGUGACUUUCAGGGAGGCAGCCAUUUUUAAAUGAGCAGGAAAAGCCUUUCCACUGUCUCUAGUGGAAUAAUGAUGAAAUGCAGGGCAGAAGACAAGGAACACGUUUCAUUUAAUGGGUUUUUAACGAAAAUUUUGACUGCUUACUUUUUCUUUAUUUGUAUUUUUUUUAAACUUUAAAAGUGUCUGGAUAUUUGAAUUUAACCUUGGAUCUCUCUGAAGAACAGCUGGCCUAGACUUGGCACAGUUUACUGCCCCCCCCUCCUCUAUGUCUUCUAUUUAUAUUCAUUCUAGCUGCACGCUGAUCUAUUUUCUUCCCUAGAUGACAUCCUCAUGACACCUCCACCCCUCUUCCUCAUUUUCUUCUUCUCCCUUUACACAACUCGAUGACUAGACUAAUGGAGACCUUGCAAUGCAGGAAUUACUCUAUUCCUUUAUCUCAUUUAUCUGUUUAUUCAUUUCUAACUUCCUCCAUGCUCUGCGGACAGCAUUAGAAUCAAUGCAAGACCCGAGUGACUGUGAGUUCAUGGAGGAAAUGAGCCCCAGAAAGCUGGCUGUGAAGCAGCUGAAGGAACAUUUCGUUCAGGCCCUGAAGGCCAACAAUGCAGAGGAGGUCCUGAAGAUUCUGCACGCUGGCAAGCUAGACAUUGAUACUGUGCUGGAAGUGGAUGACCCCAGCAUGGUGCUGGCCUCAUAUAAACAAGGAUACUGGCUUCCAGGUUACAAGCUGGAGAAGUCCUGGGCGAUGGGGAUCCACGUGUGUGUGAUGUACAAUGCGGUGGAAACGGCUCUGGUGCUCCUCCAGAAAGGUGCGGCGGUAAAUCGGAUGCCGAAUGGGAAAACACCGCUGCAUGUGGCCUGUGAGGUCUCCAACAGCGACUGUGUGGCCCUGCUUCUGGCUCACGGGGCAAAGGUCAACGGUCUGUCUCUGAGCGGCCAUGCACCGCUGCAUUACUGCAUCACCAGGGAGUCUGUGGACUGUGCCAAGCAGCUCAUCCUCAAAGGUGCAAAAAUAAACAUGGCAAGUAACAACAAUGAGGAGGACACACCUUUACACACAGCGGCAAGGUUUGGUGUUUCAGAACUGGUAGCUUUGCUUCUGGCCCACGGAGCUUCUCCAAAUGCCGUCAACUUCCUCCAGGAGACGCCUCUGAUGACGGCAGUCUUCUGGUCCUUCGACUCAAAGGAGCAAACCUAUAGCCAAGACCACCACAUUGUUUGCCGUCUCCUUCUGGACCAUCAAGCUGAUCCUAACCUGAAGGAGGAGGACCACAAAACAGCUCUUCACAAGGCCGCCUGGAACUGCGAUCACGUCCUGAUGCAGAUGCUGCUGGAGGCUGGCGCCGACCCCAGAGCCAUGGACAUCAACGGAUGUGCCCCCAUCCAGUAUCUCCUCAAAGUGACGGAUAUCCGGCCGAUGGCCAUUCCUGAGCUCUGCUAUCAGCUGCUGCUCAACUACAAUGCAGCUCGCAUCUACCCGCCACAAUUCCACAAGUUGUUGCAGACCUGCCACGAUUAUCCCAGAGUCGUAGAAAUUGUUGCAAAUUCCUACGAACGCUUAAAGCCUACAAAGAAGUGGAGAGCUGCUCUUCCUGAUGAGUGCUACCAGCGACACAGAGACUUCUAUGACUCGCUGUUUGCGGUCUGCAGCAACACUCCUCGGAGCCUGCUCCACCUCACCAGAUGCGCCAUCAGGAGGAGUUUGGGUGGGUUCUGCCAAAGAGGAGUCCCACAACUGCCUCUACCAACUCCCAUGAAGAAAUACUUACUAUUAGAACCCGAGGGAAUCCUCUACUGACAGAAACAGAACCUUCAUCUGUAGAGUAAAGAGCAAAUGUUCAGGUUUAUUUGUGUAUUUUGUUGUGCAGGGCAACCACAGCACUGAUCCCUCUGUUUUUAUAAAACAUUUGACCAGCGGAUUUAUGCAGUUCACUUCUCUGUGUGCUCGUCCUCACACGAGAAAAAGGUCCAAUGGAAAAGGAUCAUACCAAGAAUUCUUAUUUUAAGAAAAAAAUCUAGUCACUAAAAAGUGUUUUCUCAAAUUAAUGUUAUUUUGACAUCUAAAAACGUUCUUGAUACGAUUACUUUUCUUGCAAAACAGAAAAUAAAUAAGAUAGUUUUUCUUGAAAAAAGGGUAUUUUUACUUUCUUAAGAUUCAGUUUUUCAUCGUCCAUCUGUUCAU